AUGCCUCGGAAAGUGAGCAACUCAAUGUCAUACAACAGAGGUGCAGUAAUUCAGCUCAUGAGCCUGAAGGUGCAAGAGCCCAUGGGAGGUACUUUCAAAAAUGUUCAUAUACUCGACUCGGCUGCGCUACGUCUCGAGGUUCGGAAUUUUUACUGUAUGGGCAAGUCUAACGAGCCAAUCGGUGACGCACCCCGUUCAGCCUCGUUCGGCCUUGAGAGCCUCGCCAUGGAACCUCAUGCGCCCUCUCGCCUUUUGAGCCUUGCACCAGAGUCACAGUCUCCGACACAUUACGACACAUAA